AUGGCCCCGGCACCGAUUCGAGUCACGUUCUGCAAGCUUGGCGAUGACAGGCCAUCUGUGUGUGGCAUUCUCUAUCCAUUCCUCCCCAGCGGCAGUCUUGCUGAUCACAUAGAGAAGAAGAACGAGCUCGGGUCUCGAAAUCUAUGGUUGCAGCCUCCUUUGCGACCAUUACUUCUUGGUAAUUGUCAAGAGAUGUUUCUGAUGCCCAUUCUUAUGGCCAGUCUUGCAGGCGACCUGGCAUUUCUCUGGGAUAAGAGCGCGGAGGGUGGUUUCUGUCAAUCGGCAAUCGAGGCCGGACUUCGUAUACUCGAGUCCUGUGUAGAGGCGAAGUCGGCAUCCGAAAUAAAGGCCAGUGCAGAUAAUCCCGGGUGUUUAAAUGCAACCUCCGUUGCGAGCGCAGAUCGGCCGGUCUACAGUCCUUCCACUUCCAAGACAAAUGACCCUCUGGACUAUGCUCUCUCUACCGACCUCCAAAGCCAGCUCGUCUCUGUACUCAGAACUGCCAGGACAUCCUCUGAGAAGGCUAUACCUCUCGUCAAAAAUAUCCUCGAAAAUGGCCAUCCUAUAUUUCGAAAAAUUCUGUAA